AUGCCAGACACUACAAAAAAUUUGAUUUGCUCCCCCGAUCAGCUUUCUCCUGAGCAAAAGAACGAACUUCGUGCUUACAUUCGCAAGAUCAAGAAGUUCACUGACCCCCGAGUUAACGUUACGGACGGGGAGAUGGGAACUUUCCUCUCCAAGGUUUUUCAUCAUUGGACAUCAGCAGAUGCCAUUCCAGAACCACCCAAGAAGCGCAUGCUACACAAAUUUGAAUACCAGGCGGUAGAUAUUGGAGUUUUGACAGAAGAUGCUCCAAUCCCACGGGAAUUGCUUAAGCCAGAGAACGUUCUGCAAGCUGCUACCUACCGAACUCCCCGGGAACGGAGGGCUGGAGCUCCCGUAUAUAUGCUGGCCGCGGUGAGUUACCAGAAUGGUUCUCAGGUUAUUUCUCUCGUAGAUAAACAUGCUCGAUUCUUCCCGCAGAGCCAGAUCGAAUUUCGCUACCACCCGGGCAUGGAUUGGGAUGUUUCCGAGUUCAUGGCGAUGGAUAAACGAGAUGGUUUCUGUUUUUAUCAUAUGCAUCACUACAACGUCGGUAUAGCACUCUUCCGUGCUCGUACUAGGAUUGUGCGAUGGGCAGCCGGCUUGCCCCUAAAGGAUAGCUCACAAGAAUUGGAAACGGCCUAUCCCUUCCAGGCUUUCGCGUUAUUUCGAAACAACGUACUUCCGACUUCCCGCAAUAACGCCCGGUUUCUCUCUCUUCCCCGACCUGGCCUUUUCGAUUUGUCCUAGGAUUCGGAGAGAAGAAACCGGUGUAUUGGUCGUUGAGUCAACUACCUGGCCGCCGAUGGAUACACUGAAGUCACAACUGCUCAAAAAAGGAUGCACUGCAUGUACUCUGGGGUUAAGUGGCGAAAUUUAUCUCAAGACCUUUAGCUGAAUACUCAGAUCUAAGGGAAAUUUGACGCGUUGC